GACUGGUUUCUAUAUAAUUGAAUGAGAAAUUUAAUCUAAGCUUCUUACCUGCGCAGAACAAUUCGGCCCACUUGAUGAGCUGCCUCUCUAUAACCCCCCAAUCAAUAUCUGUAUCAUCAAAUCGUUUUGUGAGAUCCCGCUGGGAGCGUUCUGUAGCCGAAACCACAACUUUAGUAUCCUCAGAUUUGAUAGGUCUGUUCUUAACCAGCUCUGCAACUCCUACAGUCGCCGCUGAGAUCAUCUCGACCGAUGUCGCUGUACUUGAGAAUUUUACCACGGACUAUUAUGUUGGAUUCAAAGGGGCCGAUUUCGACCUACCUUAUGCCAAGUACCACAACCCCAAUGUUGCAAUGAUCUCCGAUGCUUUGGCCAAUGGUCUAGCUGGCAGCCCAUGGCCUAGCGCUUUUACCUACUCCGCUUGGGAAGCACACAAGUAUCUUGAGCUACCUGGAUACCUUCAGCUUGAGAAUGGUUGGGCAAUCAGUCCCAACGGGACGCUCAUGAUUACCGUCCGUAGCGAAAUUCCAGAGGUGACUGGAGACCAUGAGAACUGGUCUAAUGAGACUUACGCUGAACGCUGCAUUGGAGCAACUUCGUAUAUUGACGAAUACGUCGGCAACGAUGCGGCUAAGCUUAAUAUUGAGUUUGUGGAUCCUAGUUCGAUGGGUUUCAAUACGACUGCUUGGCCUGAGCUGGAUAUUGAGACCAUUGUCAUUGGAAAGGUUCUGAUUGGAGACUAUUCCGUAGACGAAUUCGAUGGCAUUUCGUACCUAAUGCACCAAGUUCGCCGCAUGCCUAACGGUUACCGCGAGCUCCGUUCUCGUUUCUUUCUUGACUCGAACAAUCACGUUAACGCUCAACUGGGCCAUGAUCCCGCUGUCCACUGCAAUGUCGAAAUGACACAUUUAGGAAAAUUCCUUCCCGCUAGGGUCUUUGAGGAGUUUAAGGAUACCAAAUGAACACAUUUGGAUAUUGAAUAGCUCACAAGCCACAAAAAGCCGCUAUUUUCCAUUAAUAGGACUAUUUGCUACGGCAAUGUUAAUUUUUUUUAACUGUCUGUUCAUUUUAGCAGCAAUAGCGGGCGAAGAAUGACAAUUGGCACA